CACAAGUUUGAACAAUUGAACCAAAAUCUUAUUUGUGUCAAAUAACAAAGUAGUGUUCAAGAGUCACAUAUAUUAGUGUCUUUGGUCUAUUAAGGUUUCAAAUGGGUCUAACAGAAGCAUGUUCCAAAUUCAUAGUUGAAUUUUUACAAACAUUCAAAAACUCACCACAAAACUCAAUGCCUCAUCAUAAUCACCUUGAUCAAAAUCAUCAACAGAGUAUACUCAAGCUCGACGAAAGGAUGGUUCGAGCUCUUGUUACCGUCUUUGGAAUGCAAAACAAUGGAAGAAUCAAGAAGGAAAAUGCUAGGCAAGUGGUUGAAAAACUUGGUCUGAUCUAUGGUUCUGAUCAGAAGGAUAACAAGGCCUUUCAAGACGACGAUGAUGAAGAAGUAGUUGUGGAAGAAGUGCUUGGUGAAUUGGAGGACAUGUCAAAGAGAAGUGAGUUAUUGCUUGAAGCUUUCAAAAUAUUUGAUGAGGAUGGUGAUGGAUAUAUUGAUGCAAUGGAGUUGAAGAGAGUGCUUGAUUGUUUGGGUUUGGAUAAGGGUUGGGAUAUGAAUACAAUUGAAAAGAUGGUGAAGGUUGUUGAUUUGAACUUUGAUGGAAAAGUUGAUUUUGGUGAGUUUGAAUUGAUGAUGGGAUAGUACUUUUCCAGUUUGUUCAUUCAGUGAUUUUAGGAUAAAUGGAUAAUGUAACUUAUCAUUAUUAAGCUCUCAAUUGUAUGUACUAUUAAAUUGCACUGAUUUUUCCUAGUAUAACUCACAUAUGAAGUUUUUUUGCAUCAUUUGUUUUCAUCAAACUUGAUUGCAAUUUUGUAGACAAA